AUGAAAGAAGCCUCGUCGAACCCGAGAUUAGAUGUGGCUGGGGAGUCUUCCACUGAUCAGAAAGAGAGUGACGAUGUAAAAGGCCUGGCGGCAGGCAAGAAACAGACUCGCAAGAAACCAAAGGCAAGCAGAGUAGUAUCGAACCUCAACGCAGACCAGCUCGAGCGCAAACGACUUGUAGACCGCAAUGCGCAACGUACAGUGCGUCAGCGAACACGAGACCACAUAUCGAAUUUGGAAGCGAGGAUUGAGGAGCUGGUUGAGGAGCAGGCCAUGCUGGAGGAUGCUGAGCGUCGGACGGAGGCAUUGGAGGAGGAGCUGCGUGGGUUGCGGCUGAUGCUUGAGAAGUCGAGGUGUGAAAAGGCGAGUCCUUGA